AAAAAAAAAAGAAGAAAAAAAAGCAAGCUGUAACAGCGUGAUAGUUGCGCUUCCAUUCCAUCAUCAGAAAGCAAAGUCGAAGUUCAACACAUCAGAGCCAAAAACGUCGUCGUUCACUAUUCCGUUCCACUAUCUUCUACAUUUACAACUCUCUCUCUCUCUCUCUCUCUCUCUCUCUCUCUCUCUCUCAUAGCACCAAUGAGACAACACAAGCAAUCACCAUCAGCGAGACCGAAGAUUCUAUAUCUGGUGUGUGCCGUUGCAUUGUUCUCCCUUCUCCUCUUCUCCAUUCAAUCCUCUUUCUUCAACGGUUCAUUCUAUUCAGAUCCUCGCACCUCCGAAUCAAUUCGCGAAUUGUUUCAAUUUCAGUCCACUGUUCAGCAAUGUGUGGCUAAUAGGGGGCUUGGACUCACUGCAGAUAUUAUAGACCACUGCACAUUGGUCCUUAAAUACCCUGAAGGCACCAACAGCACUUGGUACAAUCAGCAGUUUAAAAAAUUUGAGCCUUUGGAGUACACAUAUGAUGUGUGUGAGGCAAUACUAUUAUGGGAACAGUAUCGUAACAUGACCACAGUGUUGACAAGGGAGUAUCUUGACGUUCGUCCUGGUGGUUGGUUAGAUUAUGCUCCAUUAAGGAUAGCACAACUAGGGGCAAAGAAGUGCUAUAAUAAGACACUUUGUGAAGAGCAGCUUGAGAUAUUAUUACCUGCAAAACCCCCCUUUCAUCCAAGGCAGUUUCGUACUUGUGCUGUUGUUGGGAAUUCUGGGGACCUUCUGAAGACAGAAUUUGGGAAUGAAAUUGAUAGUCAUGAUGCUGUUUUUAGAGACAAUGAGGCCCCUGUUAAUGAGAAAUAUGCCAAAUACGUUGGUCUUAAGAGGGAUUUCCGUCUAGUUGUAAGAGGUUCCGCUCGCAACAUGGUUCCUAUUCUAAAGGGGUCUGAUGAUGAGGUACUCAUAAUCAAAAGUCUGACACACAGAGAAAUCAAUACAGUUAUAAAGACUCUACCAAAUCCAGUCUAUCUGUUUCAAGGUAUUGUACUACGUCGAGGUGCCAAAGGAACUGGAAUGAAAUCUAUUGAAUUAGCGCUGUCUAUGUGUGAUAUUGUUGAUAUAUAUGGUUUCACUGUUGAUCCUGGAUACACUGAGUGGACAAGAUACUUCUCUGCUCCUAGGAAAGGACACAAUCCACUUCAAGGAAGAGCAUACUACCAACUUCUAGAAUGUCUUGGGGUAAUCAGGAUUCACUCCCCCAUGAGAUCCAUGAGGAGGCAAGACUGGUCAGAUGUGCCAAGUAGAGAAAUGAUAAGCCAAGCACAUGCAGCAGCUUGGCACUUGAGAAAGAGUUCAGCUGAUAAGGGUGGUAGUAAAGGACAGUUUGGCAAUUGUAAGGUCUGGGGGAAUGUCGACCCAGACAAAAGUGGACCUAUCUCAGGAUCACCAGACAUGAGUGAUGUCAGGAAGUAUUCAAAUUAUAAAAAAUGGGAAGUCAUGCCUUUGAAAAGUUUGAGGAAAGAAGCACAGCUUCACUAUAAGCAGAUGGAAGGGGUCUCUCAAUAUAAAAUGGAUGGCAAUAAGUUGGAUGAUCUAGUGUGUGUGAGACACUCCUUAAAAUCUGCGGUGUAAAUGGUGUUUUGCAGUCUAUAUAUUUAUUUGCUCAUCAUACCCAACCGUCUUCUAAACGAAAUCUGGGAUGACAUUAGCUUCUGAGAGUUGCUAACUUAUAGCUCCUCAAUAGUUCUUCUGUUUCAUGGCAUAUUGCGGUUAACAGAGCAUAGAAAGAACCAUGGCUCCCUCAAGGGAAAAUGUGCAAGUCAACAUGUAUAAUUUAAUUGAUCCGCGUGAUUUAUAUUUCAAGGUGAUCCAUGGUAGAGAUCUAGAAAUCACAAUAUAGGAAUUCUGACAACAGAAGUUUGUUGUACCUCUAUUCAAGUUUAUAUGGACAGGCUUAGUCAGUAGUAUGAUAGUUGUCUAUCUAUUAUAAUGUAUUGAUUGGCUGAGGAAAGAAGCAACUGGGGAAAACGUUUUUCUUUUAUGUGAUGAUGAUCAACAAAGCCUAUAAAGGAGAAAAGUGAGAGUCAAACAUUUUGUAAACUGGUUUUCACGAGUUUUAAUGGUUAAUGGUAUUUUUUAGCUAA